AUGGUGGGCGUGCCUGGUAAGAGCAAAGGCUGCAGUACCUGUCGUCGCAGGAAGAAAGGUUGCGAUCAGAAACGCCCUAUCUGUGGCCAGUGUGCUUCCAGUGGCUACGAGUGCGGCGGAUAUAAUCGUGACAGAACCUUCAUCCUCCAUCCUGCCACAAAAGCUGUUCAGCGCGCCAUCUUCCUUCCACGAUCCAAACCCUCCGCCCUUGUCCUUCCAGGCUCCCUGAACCGACAUGUCGUCCUAUCCCAAUGUCGGAGCCUCUUCUGGGACCUAUACAAUCCUACGGGAGACUGUGUAUGUCGCGAUCCAUAUAUCGUGAAAUGUGGCCAUCCAAUGAACUGGACCGAAGUCAUUCACAGUGUAGCCGAGGAGGACUCUUCCCUGAAAGAUGCUUUCUCAGCUUUGAGUAUAUCUAGAGUCGGUCAGGGCCAUAAAGAUUUCCGGCUCGUACACGAAAGCACCAGACUCUACGGCCGAGCCCUCAAAGAGCUUCAGCUCGCCCUAUACGAUCCACAGCGGAUGCAUUCGAACCACGUCCUCAUGGCCUGCAUGCUGCUCGGGUUGUAUGAAUUGUUUGAGGGCCCCGCCUUUCAUUCAAAAAGUUGGAUAGCUCACGCCCAAGGAGCUGCUCGCCUCAUCGAAUUGCGAGGCCCUGCUCGUCACCAAGAAUGGGAUGCUCAUCAUCCUUUUCUUGCCGCUCGAAUUCCGACCAUAUAUGCCUCCAUUUUAUCAAGGCAGGCCACCUACCUUGCUAGUGAAGAUUGGCUUUCUGUGCCUUGGGAGAAGCAGUCCCGAACCUAUUUCGAUCGGUUGAUUGACAUGGCCGUUCAGGUGCCUGGUCUCCUUGAGAAGUUCGAUCUCAUCCUGGACAAGGACCAAGAUAUUGAGUUUGAUCUUUUACAAGUGCUAGAAGAAUGUAAAGACCUACAAAUUCGAAUGAACCGGUGGAAAGAUGGGACCAAAGGAAGCGCUGUCCCACGUGUUCAAAAGCACGAUUCUUCAGAUCCAAGUGGCUACCCGUUCGAGACUGACCUAUGGUUUGAGAAUCAUCUAUUCGUCCAAGCUCGUGUCUUCUAUUAUACCUGUUCCCUGGCUUUGGCGGAGGCUGCCACGGGUAUUGUACGCGCUCUCGACCUGAGAGACCACCAUUUACCAGAUACUGCUGAGCCAAAUCCUCUCCUGGAGCUGUUUACUGCCGAAAAACACGCUGCCAAUAUUUGCCGUUCAGUUCCCUAUUGCAUCCAGCCAGAAAUGAGUGCUUUAGGUGCAAACAUCAUUAACUUUCCCGCCAACCUGGCCUAUGCAUUUUAUCAACGAGCUGGCCAUCGGUCAGUUGUAAGAUGGCUCGUUAAAGCAUUUGAAGAUGUAAAGGCAAGAGGUGUGCAUGUCGAGAAUAUCGUGCAAGAUUUAUCCGAUCUUUCGGCUGAUAAAGAUGUACGCAUUCAUCGGUGGAAGGGAGGGGCAAGCGAUGACUCCAAUGCAUCUGGCUCCUCCCCCGAAUCUGCUGGUAGCGUCUCAAGUUGUACCACGAUCUUUGUCUACGAAGAUCCAUCAAAGUCAUAUUAUGAUGCUAGUAAUGACCCUGGGUAG